CCCACCUCCCCACGCCACAGUGUGCUCUUGGCUCGACCUAGCCAAUGGUUGCCGUCUCUCACAACCACAUCAUGCCAAUCAAUCAAUAAUCUCGUGUCCUUGACAGCCGCACCUCCUAAACCUUACAUUCCCAUCACGACCACAUUCCUAACCAUCUAACCUCACGCGCGCCUCUCAUCCUCGCUCGAUGCUCAACCAUCGACAAUGGAUUUCUACCACUUCAACUUCGCAGCCUUUGUCCUGAUUAACUCAGCGCUCGCAUACUACCAGACGAGAUGUCGCCAGAUACCAGCCGCGGGGUCGCUGGAGGCCAAGGGCAACACGGCGGGUGCUGUGAGGCGAUUCAAGAUGCGCUUCUUGCCGAUAUAUUUGCUGGUAAAUGGCGCGGAUUGGCUCCAGGGUCCAUACAUCUACCCCAUUUACAAAGAGGAGAAACAAUUACCUGAAGAAGUCGUCGCCGCUCUCUUCAUGAUCGGAUUCAUCGCCGCAGCUGUCUCAGCAACUUUCACGGGCACACUAGCUGAUCGCUUCGGGCGACGACGAGCCUGUCUCUCAUUUUGCAUCACCUACUCAUUAUCGUGCGCCUCCCUCCUCUCCAACAACAUUGUUGUCCUAUUCGUAGGUCGAUGUCUAGGAGGGAUGAGUGCUACUCUCAUGUACACUGUAUUUGAGAGCUGGAUGGUCACUGAGUUUAACAAGGUGCUGCCUGAUGAGCCGGCCGGAACUCUCAGUAGUAUCUUUAGCACUAUGACUUCUUUGAAUACGCUUGUGGCUAUUCUGAUGGGUCUCCUGGCUGAGGGCGCUGUGAAUGUGACAAACACUCAGUUGACGCCUUUUGGGCUGUCGGUGUGUUGCUUGAUGCUUGCUUUUGUGGGGAUUCUGAGUACCUGGGGUGAGAAUUAUGGUACUAGUGGACAGGAGGCAGGCGAAUCUGCUCAAGGUCUUCUUGAACGACAAGAAGCUCCUCCAACGAAGAGUGUUCUCAAGCACUUGAUGCAUGACAAACGUAUUCUGUCACUCAGUCUGACCUCCUGCGUCUUUGAAGGAUCGAUGUAUAUCUUCAUCUUCUUCAAAUUCCCUGCUCUCAUAUUCUCACACAAACUCGGAGGUCUAACAUCCGAGCUUCCAUUCGGCCUCAUCUUCGCCAAUCUAAUGUGCGCCAUGAUGUUCGGCUCCAUGAUCUACAACUACGUAACGUCCAUCAACGCGGUCAUCACCACGACUCGCCUUCUCGUCACAACCCUCUCCCUCGCCUCCCUUUGCUUCUGCAUCCCCGUCAUCAUCCGCGACGAGCGCACUACCUUCUGGUGUUUCUGCAUCUUUGAGGUCUGUUGCGGGAUUUACUUCCCGCUGAUUGCGUAUCAGAGGGGCAAGAUCAUUGAUGAUAGUGUGAGGGCGAGAUUGUAUAGCAUCAUGCGAAUUCCAUUGAACGUCUUUGUGGUGGCGGUUUUGGGGACGACACAGGAGGGCGAAGCACAUAGAGAUCUAGUGUUCCUAAUCUGCAGCGGGCUUUUGGUUGGAGCGAGUCUCACGAACUCGAUCCUACUUUAGAUUUAUUUCUUGGAUCUCAAGAAUUCUUGGGUAGUCAAUCAUCUGUACAGUACUGGAUACGUCACGAUUUUUGGAAUAGAUGACCAAAAUUUGGCGAUAAUUGCAUAGAAUAGAGGUUUCGGAUAAAAACAGAAGACACCUACUCACCUA